GCAGGUAUGAAUGGCUCCCCGGGAGCUAAUGGUGCCGACGGCAUUGAAGGGCCCCAAGGACCAAAGGGUCCUCAGGGCCUCGCAGGACCCAUGGGCAAGCCUGGGAUCGAAGGACUUCCAGGACCUGCAGGUGAGGAGGUUGCGUGCAGAACAAUCUAG